AUGGAGAAAAUAGAAACAGAUGUACGGGAUCUGAAAGAAAAAGCUAAUAGUCAGCAGCAUGACUAUAAACAUGCGGAGCUACGUCGUUCGGCGGACGGUAAACAACCAGAGCUAAAAGGAGACGAUGGGAAACUCCAUAAAACCCAUGACAAAGUUUGUUUGAAUACAGCUGCAGGUACGAGCAAGAAAGCUAGUGAGAAACCAAAGAAUACAAACUUAAACCAGCUACUCAUAAAACCAUUUAUUCAAAACACACAAACACAGAUACCCGCAGAACCACAAACUUCCACAUAUGCAGUUAGUCUACAGAAUGACAAAAAAAGAUACAACAACAUUACACAGUCCUAUAUCGAUUAUAUAUAUAAAAUCCAAACAUAUUUAAAUUUGAACCCCAGAUCUACCCAAACUAAAAACCCAGAAGAAGACUAUAUAACCCAAAAGUUACAGGGAUAUAAUAGGCUUAUAGCACAACCUAAAACCAGUCCGAAUUUAGUUAAAACAUGUUAUAGUUAUGGGUUACUAAACACUGUAUAUACAUACACUGGAGAAGAGAUAAUUGGGAUACCAGAAUUACACAAAGCAUUUGUGACAUACAAAAGAGUUACUAAAGGAAAUCUAUUUUAUAUCAAGUUUUAUACAGCACCAGCCGAGAUAUUAUACGAAGAAAUUAAGUCGCCGAUCCAAGUUAUAAAGAUAGGCCUGACCAGAGAUAUGAUAAUACCAGAGGAAAUAGAAAAACAAACUGAGAUACCGAAGAUAGAGAUACCAAACUUUUAUGCGAAUAAAAGGAUAAUUGGUAUAGAAACAAUUAUACAAGAGCUAGCCAAUAAUUAUUUAAAUGGCAAUGCUAUUUGGAGUUAUUAUGCACGAGAUCAAGUUAUGAUUUAUUCCAACUCCAAAGAACUAAGAAAAUCAGAUAUGGAUGAAGUCCAGCGAUGGAUUUUGUCAUUGUUAAAACCAGAAGAGCAACCUACUACCAUAGCUCUAAAAAAGGAAUUUAUUUCGGAAGAGUUAUUAGUCAGAUAUUGCAAGCUCAUUGGAAAUAGAUACCCAGAUCACAGAUGCUCUAAAUGCAACGGAGAAGAUAAUGUGAUACCAGAUGUUGAUUUGGGAUAA